GGGCUUCCCCUGUAUGGAACCUGGAGAAAAUUAUGCCCCAAACCAUAACCAUACACUCCUCUUAUUACAUCUUCUUUGUUAUAUAUUGUUGCGUUUGUAUUAUUCUCAGUUUGUCUUCUCUAUUUGGACUUUCCAAGAACAAAUAGGGUUUUGAUUCUUGUUCUUGCUUCCUUUUUCCGGCUGCAUUCCCUUCUUGUUAUGUGUAUGUGCUCAUCUGUGAUGUAACCUUCUUGUUUUCCUUGAACAGACUGGAGGUAAUAUUUUAAUUUUUGGAUCUUUAUCUGGGUGCCUAUAGCUGAAACUUCGCUCAGAAGUGAGGUAACCUUUCUUGUUCGUUUCUUUAACUGCCAUGAAAUCAAGGACAAAGGCAUAAUAAAAUUUCGUGUAUCUGGACUAUUCCUAUUGUUAAUUAAGUUUCCUUGUGAUAAAGAAGAAGAAGAAGACAUCUAUUAUAUAAUGUUUCUUUCUUCUGGUUGGAGGGUAGGAAAAUUAUUGAGUUACUUUAUUUCAUUUUUGUAUCGAUGGAUGGGAGAUAUUUGGAUACAACAUUAGUUAUAAGGGUGUUAACGAUUGAUAAGAAUGACUGGAGAGAUAGAAUUGAUCAUGUACAAACCCAUAGUGGGAUAAACACUUUAGUAUAUUGUUGUUCUUAUCCUGGCUGAAUAUAAAAGAGGAUUUUGAUUUAGAACUUCUCAACAAAAUCUUGGCUUUACAGUUGUGUGCUCCAUCAUAAUCACAUUGAGCCUGUUAUGGAUUGUAUUCAUCACAAUAUACACGUAGGGAAGUUUAAUGUUCACUUACAGUCUGGAAAAACCAAACGAUAUUCACACAGGUCCAGUGUUCCUCGCCAAGUGCAGGCCAAGUGAUGCAUUGAACAUAUCAACAUCAAAGAACUGAAAAUGGUCGUUAUUAAAAAGGAACCUCCAGCAAGACAGGUUAAAAGCCUACAGAACUUUUGCAAAAACUGGAACUUUUAUAUCUAUUGGACUGCUAGAAUUUGAGAAACCAUAUUCUGAAUAUAUUGCACGAGUUUUCACUUUGAUACAACGAGAGUAUGUUCUCAUUGGAGCAAUUCAAUUUUGGUGGGGUUCCAGAUAACCGUAUGUUUUUGAAGGGAUUUGACGGUGAGGAAGAACGAAUCACAGGAAAGCAGAUCCAUUUGUACCAAAACGAAGGCGAGAGAGAAAUGCGGGGCAUUGAUUCAUUUCCCUCUGACUUCGGUUUUUAUGUGGAUAACACAGCUGACGAUGGACUUCUAUGGUCCAACUUUCAGCAAGAAUAUCAGCAGCACCAAUUGUUUUCAGAUCUUGGGAUUUCGGAUGAAAUAGUACCCCCUCCACUGCAACCAAGUUAUGAAGAGCUUGCAAAUCUGUCCGAUGUUCGGAUUGGAAAUCAUGGGCUUGAUGAACCCAAGGAGAAAAACUCCUUUUCAAUUCCUCUAACCUCGCUUGGAAUCUUGAAGAACCAUGGAAGUGGGUUCAGACGAUUGACUGGGGAGAAGACGAAAGUGCCAAGCAAUGGCACCACAUGGACAAAGCCUGAGACACGGGUGAUGGGUGGCCAAAAAUUAUCAACUGUAGAUGUUUUACGUCUAGCUGGAGAAAGGUUCAUCCAAUCUCCUUCCCAAGGGGCUGGUGAUCUCUCCAUUCUAAGCCAUCCCUUUGGUAGUUCAUUCUUUAAUCUCUCUGAUAGUGAGACUAAAGAUGUAGAACUAGUACAGAAUCUUCUAUCUUCAGCUGAGAAAAUAGGCCAGCAACAGUAUGACCGUGCAAGCAAACUCCUCAGUCUAUGCGAUGAUUUGUCCUCUGAUGCCGGAAACCCUGUUGAAAGAGUGGUUUACUAUUUCUCUAAAGCUCUUCGAGAGAAGAUUGAUCUGGAAACAGGAAGAAUCACGUCUAAGGGUUUAGGGAAGAAACAAUUAUCAGAUCUUGAGGGUCUAAUGGUGAGGGCCAACUCUGCCACAGUUGGAUUUCAUGAAAAGGUGCCCUUCUCUCAAAUCUGCCAAUUCACUGGAAUUCAAGCUAUCAUAGAACAUGUAGCAGAAGCAAAAAAGAUCCAUUUCAUAGACCUCGAUCUCAGGACUGGAGUGCAUUGUGCGGUCUUGAUGCAAGCUCUUGCAAGUCGGUCUCAAUGCAGUGUUGAGCUUCUCAAGAUAUCUGCUGUUGCAACGAACUCAAAAUCAACAGUUGAGGAGACAAGUGAACGAUUGAAAUGUUUUGCUCGCACCAUUAACUUGCCCUUCUCUUUCAGUUUAGUAAUGGUUUCAGACAUGCUAGAUCUGAAACCAGAUCUUUUCCCUCUAGAAGAUGAGGAAGCAGUUGCAAUUAAUGCAAGAUAUUGUUUAAGGGCCAUGCUUCCAAUGCCGGAUCGCCUAGAAUCUCUGAUGAGAGUGCUCAGAAAUAUAAACCCACGUAUAAUGGUGGUUGCAGAAGUUGAGGCAAGUCAUAAUUCACCUGUCUUUGUGAACCGUUUCAUCGAAGCUCUUUUCUUCUUUGGUGCUUACUUUGAUUGUCUAGAAGACUGUAUGGACUGUAACGAUCCAGACAGAAAAACUGCAGAAUCAGUGAACUUCAAUCAGGGAAUCCGGAAUAUUAUAGCUGCUGAAGGAGAGCAGAGGAUAAACCGGAAUGUGACUAUAAGUGUGUGGAGGGCGUUCUUUGCUCGGUAUGGGAUGGUGGAGGAAGAACUGAGCACAUCGUCGUUGUAUCAAGCGAGUCUGGUGAUUAAGAAUUUUGCUUCUGGUAGUUCUUGCACAUUACAUAUGGAUGGCAAAUGCCUGAUUGUAGGAUGGAAGGGAACACCACUCCAUUCUCUUUCUGCUUGGAAAUUUAUAUGAAAGGGACCAAAUCAAGGUACGUGGUGUUUGAGUGGUGGGCUUAAGCCCCAUAUAUUGAUGCCUCAACAACUGCGUCUUUGUACAGAGCAGAAUAGCUGCAAUAGUCGCUCAUGUCUGUCUCAUGCUGCACCUUUAGUCUUAUUUUUUACAUUGAAAUGGUCUUGUUAAAAGGUUGCUUUUGUUGUUUUGCUAAUCAUGUUGUGCAAGGGCUGUACUGUAUUGAGUAUGGUGCCAGCCAUCAGGCACGAUCAUUCCUUGAUGGUUGUUCUUUUGAUUCCUCGGGUUUGGAAACCACAUGGCUCUGCCUCUCUGCCCAACAGGGUAAAUAAUAUAAUAUAAACCCCUUUUUUUAUUUGGGUUAUUUUUAUGAACUUCCUUGUUAUUGAAUUUGGCACCAUAAAUGCCUACCACUUGUUUUCUUUU